UCUCCUCCAAAGCGGCCUUUCCAAAUCGUCAACAAAGAAAAGGGAAAUUACUGCGCAGUCGUCACCAUCGGCGCCGCCGCGUUCGCAGCCCUUCUGCUCACGGUCGCGAUGCUCAUAUACUCGUUCGUCGCAAGCGACCCGGCGGAGAAGCCCGUCCCGCUCUGCUCGACGGAAGACUGCAUCGUGCACGCGGACAUCCUGACGGCCUCACUGAACCGGAGCCUGGACCCGUGCGACGACUUUCGCGCCUUCGUCUGCUCGGCCUGGUCCCCGCGGCGACAGUACCGGGAGCGCGUCACGUCCGUGAUGGACGAAGUCAUCUUCGCUCACCUCGAGGGCCUGAGUGCGGUGCUUCGCUACGGCAGCACGCUGCUCCCCGCGGGUGAGAAGGCACGCCGAAUGCACGAACUCUGCGAACGCUACUUCGAGGACGGCGACGCCAACAUCAAUCGCUUGCACCACUUCAUGAAAUACAUAGGACUCAGUUGGCCGGAGGAACCCGAGGAUUACCAAGCGCCAUCCUUCUUUGACGUGCUGAUGGAGUUGUCGCUCAAGUGGCAGAUGCCGUUCUGGAUCUCGGUCAGCGUGCUUUCGGGACGAGACUCGACCAGAGGCCGCCUCCUGAUCAAGCCAGGCGAAUACAUAGCUGCAGCGCGGAGCCGCCAUCGAAGGGUGAUAAUGGGCGGUGACUACGGCAAGUACUUGCAGGGAUUCUAUAUCACGGUCAGCGAGGACGAUAAGGGUCAUGCGGAGACAUUCUUUAUCGAGGAGACAAAGGCAGUGGAAGGGGACGUCCUGGAGCAACUCUACAGUUGCAUUGUCUCCAGGAUUAAGGACCCGGCCUCCUUCCCACUGAGCGACAUUGGCAACUUCACCACGAACAUCCCCAGCGUCGAUUGGAAGGGCGCGUUGCAGAAGCACCUGUCCUUCAAUCCCAGCCUCGCUCCUCACCACCGUGUCCUCGUAAGCGACACGAAACUGCUAGAAACCAUCGACAGGCUGCUGGGAAAGUACGACAACCGUCAACUCCGGAGGCAUCUGGCGUGGCUAUUUGUCCAGACGUACGCGCCCGUCUUCGACAGCGGCCUCCUUUGGUUCACAUUCGGUGGCAAGUCGCGUGCUUCUCCGUACCGUCCAGUCUUCUGCGGCCUGCACGUCGAGGCGGUGUUCAAGCUGCUGGUGCUGUGCCUGACCACAGUCUCCCGGCUGACUGGUUCCGACGAGAAGUUCAUCGAUGGCGCGUACGGCAGUCUAGUCUCGACGGCCGUUCGCAUGGUGAACGCCUCCAAGUGGCUGGACGAAGAAAGCAAGGCGCUCGCAGUGCGCAAGCUGUCGUCGCUGCGAGUGCGAGUAUGGCCCCCUCCGCAUUACAUGGACAACGAUAGGCUCGAGAAGUACUACAAAGAGUAUCCGCUUGGAAGCGAGACGUUCAGGGAAUACUGGUUAGCCGCCCACGUUUCCAUGUACCAGCCCACGAAAGCUAAAGAAAUGACCGAAUCGGAUAGCCUGCCGAUGAAUUACGUCCCCGCGCACGUGAGCUACGACUACAUCCUGAAUAGUAUGGCCCUGCCGAUCGGAAUCGUAGAUCGGCCUCUCUACUAUCCGAAGGGAACCGAUGCCAUGUUUUACGGUGGCCUCGGUUUUCUGUUGGCCAAGGAGAUGGUCAAGGCCUUGGACAACGUGGGUCUUCGCUGGCACCCGAGCGGUAAUCAUGUCGACUCGAUCUUCUCCAAGGCCUCGACGAGCGAGUUCCGAUUCAAAGACGGCUGCUUGAGGAGCCAAGGCAGCGCGAGCAUAUUCCCGGAAGUGCCAGCUUUGGAGAUAGCGCAUUCCUCGCUCCUCGUCGCCUUGAAAGAACAAAGUGUUCCGCGAUUGAUCCGGAAAGACCUGCCGGAAAUGGUGGUUUUCUUCAUGACUCUUUGCUACGUCACGUGCGCCACAGAAGAAUUCCCGAAUCCGUUCGCGGCGGACUGCAACAAGGCCGUGCGCAACUCCGCCGCGUUCGCGAGCGCGUUCAAUUGUACGGUGGGAUCUAAGAUGAAUCCCGGAAGCAAAUGCGACUUCUUUGACUGAAACCAGAACGGCCUUACAGUAAUUUUGCUUUCUCGUGUAUCAGGCUGCUUACACCACGUAUCGAUGUGAUGGCACCACAAUGCGCAUGUAUGUAGCUGUAAUGAGUCAGUUAUAUGUUGCUUUUGUAUUUUUCUGCAUUUCAGUCACACAUCGCCACCUAUCGCGAUACGAUUCAUUUUAACUUCAUCACGUAUGAAACAUUGUCACUUCCUGCUAUGCGGCUUAUCUAUGCGCACUCGAACUUAAAAACUUAAUGAUUGUAAAUAGAAGAGAUGCGGAAAAAACUGCAUGCGAGUUCGCUGUUCCGUGAGAAGUUCAUCGAUUCAUCUGUGAACCACUGCGCGUUUUGGCAGUGAUACCACGCACACCACAGGCAGAGCCUUGCAGUGUGCGCGACUGAGAGGACACUGGUUGCAACAUCGCUUCUACUCUGGUCUCUGUAGGCUUCCUUGCUUGACGAGCUUUCUCAUUGCUUACAUUUGCCACUUAAACCAACGCAGCGUCGUUUAGUUGCGUGGUAUAUUCCUUGCG